AUGGCGCAAGAAAAGUGGGAACUUCGUUUAAUUACAUAUAUGUGUCCUACACAUCCAGUGCAACUAUAUGAAUUGAUCAUGGAGUUGUUAGAGGAAUCCCUGGAUUGCUACACGAGCUUGCUGUACGAGAGCCGGGCGCCAGGUCCUUUCAAGGACAGAGAAGAUCCUUUUGCUAGAAAUAAAGUGGACUUAGGUUUCAUGACUGCGGCGUCGUACAUGCGUCUCAGAAAAGCUGGAAACAAGUCGGUAGAAUUACUACCUGUGACGCCGGUUUUUGCGCACCAAAUGAACGUGGAAAACAAACCAGGAUACUUCUCUGAUGUAAUAAUCCAUAGCGAUAAAAAAGCACACAACGUAAAUACUUUACUGGAUCUCCGAGGGUGCACAUUUGCAUACAGCGACGAAGAAUCUCUUAGCGGAAGCGUUAUAAUAUUAAAAACCUUAAAAGAAAAAGGUGAAAAUGCCUCAUUCUUCGGAUCUAAAUUAAGAUCGGGUUCUCAUUUAGCGUCCGCCCAAAUGGUAUUGUCUAAACAAGCAGAAUGGGCUGCAGUUGACUCUACAACUUUAUUAUAUUCUAAAAAAUAUAUGCAGGACGGAGGGAAAGAUAUUACAUUGUUAGAAACUCUGGGAAGACUUCCACCUUAUCCUUUAGUUGUUAAUACUAACCUCAAAGAUACAGUAAAGGAUGCCAUAAUUAAAACAUUAUUGACGUUGCCACAAAAACCGGAAUGGAAGAAAAGAUUUGCCAAAUUUGGUAUUAUAAAAUUUGACAGCAAUAGUGAUGGUGCUUAUGACGGGCCGGCUGCACAGAUGUGGGCCAGCCAAAAAGAAAAACUCAAUAUUCGCUAUUAUUAG